UGGAAACACAAAGAGAAGAGCUGUUAUAUUCAGGAAAAGAAGAUGCUUUUUUAGAAGAUAUAAAAAUGAAAAGUGACAAGGAAUCAGAUUUUUUUAUAAAGGCUUUAGUUCUGAAUGAGAAAUUAGAUGAAAUAAUGAAUAUUAUACAGACAAGAAAUUUAAGAUUAAUUCCAUGUUUAAGAAAGCGUCAAGAAGAAAAGUAUGAUCUGGAAAACUUAUAUCAGAAGAUGGCGAUUGAUAUUGAUCGAGUAAAAACAUGUACUGUAGCAACACUAAAUGAUGCAGAGGACCAACUCAAUGAGAAAAACCAUCAAAUCAUUGAUUUGCAACAGCAGUUAGACAUGAAAGAGAAUGAUUUGAAUGAAAUUCUACCCAAGUUGGAAAAAGAAAAAUGUGAAAGAAAAAAAUUACAAUUAGAAAAAUUUAGUUCAGAUGCAAGAUUAAAUAAACUUGAAGAAGAUAUUGUAAUCUAUGAAAAUAAAAACCAGGAAGUAUGAAUAAAAUGACGGGGUGAAGUUUCGCCCUCUAUUUCUCUUACCCGUGAUAUUUCCGGGCAGGUGUUUUCAAAAAUAUUAAAGCAAUUUAUUUCUUACUU